UGAUUAGUUCAAUAGAACUUAAUCCGAACGAUUCGAUACAACUAACUCUAAUAGUCGGACGAAUUGGACACGUUCUUAAUUGUAAGCUGUACGGAUCACAGAUCGCAGACUUGCAUGAGUCACUAAAAACAGGAGCAGAAUAUAUAAACUCAGACACACAAAGAUGUCACAAAAUCAAUCAUAUUUCUGGCAAACGACCAGACACAAUGUAUACCUAAAGAGAUCAGCCAAAUGGCAUAUGGCUAUGGCAUUAAUGGUGGUCCUUACAUUCUCCACCAUAUGUGCGGCGGAGUUUGACAAUGAUGGCGAUGAUAUUGCGGCCAAUUUGCCGGAUCUACAGAAGAAUUUGGAACCCCAAGGUAUACCGGAUAAAGUAACGGAAAUGAAUGGUGGAAUACAAAAGAAAUCAGCGGAUGUGGAUGGGGCUUCAACAUUAAAGGGGAACUUUCUCGAUGGGUUCACCGCAUCGAUCUCUGUUAUAUUGUUAACAGAGCUAGGCGAUAAGACUUUCUUUAUUGCUGCUAUUAUGGCCAUGCGCCACCCGCGUUUGAUUGUCUUUGGCGGUGCCAUUGCCGCCUUGGCCCUUAUGACGGUUCUCUCGUGCGUAUUUGGCUUGGCAGCAAACCUUAUUCCUAAGAUUUAUACGCAUUAUAUAUCAACUGCAUUAUUUUUAAUAUUUGGCUUAAAAAUGUUGUACGACGGUUACAAAAUGAAACCAACCGAUGCCCAAGAGGAGCUCGAGGAGGUUCAAAGCGAAUUGCGUAAGCGAGAGGAUGAGCUAAUGCGGCGAGCGACUCGCAAAUAUGAUGAUUCCGAUGCGAAACGCAAGAAUAGCAACUCGGACAAGGAGGAUGCCAGCGAACAGGCACUCAUACAUGGUCGCAAAGUGAGCGUUGUGGGAUCUGCGAAUCCCAACAAUGUAUCCGAGAUGCAACAUCGCCAGCGAAAGCCCACCAAUAACAAUCACAUUAACAAUAACAAUACCACCAAUAACUCAACUAAUAAUACUAUUAAUAAUAAGCAAACUAACUGUGAUAAAACCUGCAACGAUGUGGACUAUCACGACACCGAAGUGGUGCUCAAGGAUGGUGGCCGUUAUGUGGAACAACUGAAAAUGACUACGUUUCAUGGCAGUCCAGCGCACUCGGCAUCGAUCGCCUCAUCGAACCAGACCGAACAAACCCAUUGUGAUAAUAGUCCACGCAACACUCAAAAUGCUUCCGUCGAUCCCAACUCGUCUACCUCCUCCAAGGACUCCUCGGGCAAUACACUAGGCGCGACUGUGCUGCGUGCCCCUCUUGCUGGACACGAUAGCAUGAAUAGUUUGAAUGGCAGCCUUGGCGAGGAGGAUGCUGGAACUGUGAAUAGCGCACUUAAAUCACGGCUGGAUCGUGAUGUUAAUGCUUCGCUUGUCCACGAUCCGGAGAGUGGACGCCGUAACAAAAUGUACCGCAGUGCAUCCUAUUUUACUAUGCGCAUAUUUGCCCAGGCCUUUACGAUGACCUUUCUUGCCGAAUGGGGCGAUCGCUCCCAAGUGACAACUAUUGUUCUAGCUGCCAGACAGGACGUCUAUGGCGUAAUUGUGGGCGGCGUUAUUGGCCAUUGCAUCUGCACUGGCUUGGCUGUGAUUGGCGGUCGUCUAGUGGCUUCCAAAAUCUCGGUGCGCACUGUCACCCUUGUGGGUGGCAUUGUAUUUAUUGGGUUUGCUAUCUACGCCCUGCUCAGUACUCCAAGUGAUCUAUAAAUGAUUCAUAUAUAUAUUGAGCACUAGCCUGUUGUUGUUGACGACCCCCAAGAAAACGUAAUACCAAUUGUAAUGAAAUGUAACCGUAGUCUUCGAGGAGCAACAGGCAUUCUUUUUUAGUCUUCUGUUAUUCCCUUUUCUUGCUUUGUUAUUUGAACAGACCCAAAGUGCCUUCCGUGCUUUUCGCUUUAGCCAUGACAUACAAAUUUAGUUGCCAAUACAGUUUAAUUAUGGUUUCCGUCAUCCCUUAACACUGUUAGAGUAUUCAAUUGAAAGCCAAUUUUUGCUUAAGUAUUAAAGUGUUUUUUUUGUAAAUACGCGUGCUUGUUAACUAGGUUGCCUAAGCUCCUCUUAAGUAGCUGAUUGAAUUUUCAUAAUUUUGUAUUUAUGUAGCAAUGUUUACUUAAAAAAAAAAGAUAAACUAUUUAUAUUGAUAUUAAAGAAAUUAGUUAAAGUGCAAAACUGAAUGUCAAA